UUAAAAAGUACUCCUCCAAUAUUUCCCUUCUUUGCUCAAUAUAAUUGAGGAGUUCUUUGACUACUUCACUCUACAGUUACACUCGAAUCUCUCAAAUCUACUGUUUUCAGAUUAUUAUAAACUUCAAACAUGCUCUCAGCCUCAGGUUCAAUAUUUAACUAAGCUGAAAAGGUGCAAACUUUACACAUUGCUUCAACUCUCUAAUUCUCAGUGGAUAUAAAUGAAUAUGGUGGAAUCAUCAGAUGUGUGUUCAACUGAGGAUGCAAUUGAGGUAUUUUUGCAACAUUUGGUUGAUCCAUUGUUGCCAGAAAAAUCUUCUGUCAAAGAUAAUCCCACACCUCCUCAACAGGAAACAAUGGCUAAACAGGUGCGUUCUGCUGUUUUACUGUACAACUACUACCACAGGAAACAACAUCCAGAACUAGAAUACCUGCCAUUUAACGAAUUUUGCAAGUUGAUUGUUGUUCUAAGGCCACCUUUACUGGCAUAUAUGCAAUUCAUGCAAACUUUUAAUGAAGUAGAGCUUAUUGAUGUGGAAAAGCAGCUAUCAUUAACAGAAAAAAUGAUCAUGGAUGCAUGUGAUGUUUGUAAAUGUUUAGAUGCAUCAAAGAAUGCUCCUAAUGUGGAGGGAUGGCCCAUUUCGAAAGUUUCUAUCCUUUUAAUCGACGGAAAGAAGGAGAACUGCUUUUUGCUGUUUGGUUCCAUCACCGAGGGGGUAUGGUCUGUAGUUGAAAAAAGUGUAGAUGCCUCUAGUCAAAGUUCUGAAGUUACACCAGAAAUGAAAAAUGCAUACAAAAGGAAAAGAGUCAUUAAAAAGUCUAAAAAAGAUGAAUUAAAAGUUGAUGAAGACGGACUUCUACAAAUUGGGUAUUCUGCUGUAAAGGAAGCCACAGGUAUCAAUAACACUGAUAUUAUGCUUUUGGAAAGCUACACUGUCUAUUCCCAAAGCAAAGAGAAGGCGGCUUCUCGCUUUUUUAUAAUGCAGUGCUCCCAGUCAGUCAAUCAGGAUAUUAUUAAAGUUCCCCUCAAAGAUGUAAUUGAAAGCUUGCAGGGUCCUUUGGUCAAAAAGGGUUCUAGCAGUUGGACGAUCACUCCAGCUGUGGCUUACUUCCACGUGCUUCCUUAUUCUGAAAUAAUCUCACAGUGCAUUUCUAGAAAAGAACCGCUGGAGCAGAGAGAGAACAAUGGAAGCUGUGCUCCCAGUCCAUGCGAUUUUGUCAAGAAGACCCAUGAAAUGGAUGUCAACGGAUCUUCAAUUUAUCCAUCUCAAAAUAGAGAAAAACGACAGAAUAUCACAAAAACUAUACAAGUCGGUGAAAAUCAAGAAAAAAACAAUGCAUCUGAGCAUUGUGACUCCAAUGGCUCUGCCAGUGCUAUUCAGGCUAUGAAGGUUGAUUCGAAAAAUAUGAUCAUCAAUGAAGGUGAAACCAGUGAUAUUGUGUCUUGCGGCAAGCUUUGUGCCAAUAGUCCAAAUACCUCGUAUGAAAAAGAAACAACAGAUGCCUGUACUCAACGAUUAAAUAAUUCUAACUCAGAUAUAGAGAAGCUCCAAAGUCUUCAAGAUUCUAAAAAGACACUGUCGCGAAUUGCCAUAUCUUCUCAAAUAGGAAAGAGGAAUGAUCUGGCUAUGAAGGAUGAAAAAGAAACAACUGAUGCCUGUACUCAAAACUCAAAUAAUUCUAACUCAGAUACAGAGAAGCUCCAAAGUCUUCAAGAUUCUAAAAAGACACUGUCGCAAACUGCCAUUUCUUCUCUAAAACAAAAGAGGAAUGAUCUGGUUGAUUCGACAAAUAUGAUCGUCAAUGGAGGUGAAACCAACAAUAUUGUUUCUCGCGGCAAGCUUUGUGCCAAUAGUCCAAAUACCUCGUAUGAAAAAGAAACAACAGAUGCCUGUACUCAACGUUUAAAUAAUUCUAACUCCGAUACAGAGAAGCUCCAAAGUCUUAAAGAUUCUAAAAAGACACUGUCGCGAAUUGCCAUAUCUUCUCAAAUAGGAAAGAGGAAUUAUCCGGCUAUGAAGGUUGUUUCGACAAAUAUGAUCGUCGAUGGAGGUGAAACCAACAAUAUUGUUUCUCGCGGCAAGCUUUAUGUCAAUAGUCCAAAUACCUCGUAUGAAAAAGAAACAACAGAUGCCUGUCCUCAAAAUUCAAAUAACUCUAACUCAGAUACAGAGAAGCUCCAAAGUCUUAAAGAUUCUAAAAAGACACUGUCGCGAAUUGCCAUAUCUUCUCAAAUAGGAAAGAGGAAUGAGCUGGCUAUGAAGGUUGAUUCGACAAAUAUGAUCGUCGAUGGUGGUGAAAGCAACAAUAUUGUUUCUUGCGGCAAGCUUUGUGUCAAUAGUCCAAACACCUCGUAUGAAAAAGAAACAACAGAUGCCUGUCCUCAAAAUUCAAAUCAUUCUAACUCAAAUACAGCGAAGCUCCAAAGUCUUCAAGAUUCUAAAAAGACACUGUCGCGAACUGCCAUAUCCUCUCUAAUACGAAAGAGGAAUGAGCUGGCCCUUCAGCAGCACAAAAUUGAUGAUGAGAUCGCUAGUUGUGAUGAAAAAAUUCAGAGAAUGCUAACUGAUGGGAAAGAUGACUAUGAAUCGAUGAUAGAAUGCAUUAUGGAAGGAUGUAAUGAUGUAUCUGUAACAAAUCAAGAAGGCAUGGGUGGACAACAAAGCUUCCCUCGUAAGAAGAGAGAUUUCUCAGAGCUGCAAAGUUCAUGCCAGGAUCGAGAUGGUGCUAUGUCAUGAAAACAGUUGGGUCCUACCAACUUAUCAUCUAUCUCAAUCAGAUGGUGGAUUCCCAGCUAACAUACUACUAUUAAGGGAGCCGAGAUUCAGAUUUCAGAUGAGGGUAACAUGUAGGGGAAAAUUAACCAAGCAAUGUUGGAAGCUUAGAAAUGCAUGCUUCUGUAGUAGUAGUUUUUACCAGUAGUUUAGAAUAUUAACAAUAUGAAGAAAACUGCAUUUUCAUAUGGCUGUAUUAUGUGGACUCAACAAUAACCAUGAUAGGGCAUGUUGUCAACCAACAUGUGUUUGAAUACACGAUGACUGCACGAAGCAAAUGACUCGUUGUAAUGCUGCAUAAUGUGUUUGUUCAGUGAUUUCCUGGAAAAA